CAGAUUUCUAGCGUAUUUUCAAUAACUAGAAUUGAGACUAAGAUUUGAAGUUUGCGUGGUUUUCUUGGACGACGAGAUCAACUACAGUUGAAUUGAACAGAUAAGUACGUACCGAAUGUGCAGCAGGUAUCUUCAAUAUGUGCCAAGACGCCAAACCGCAAAUUCCAAAUCAAAUCGAUUGGGUACUGAGAUACAUAGCUCAUGCUGUCGGAUUAAGUGUGCUGAUUCUUCCAUUUGGCAUGGGUCAACUGGGCAUUUUGCCAUACUGUAUACUUCUUCUAUUUGGGACGUACUCUACAGGCCAUUCCCUCAUCUAUUUGAGCGAGAUUGUUUCGGAUCAAUCUUCGGAUCUAAUACCACAAAAAGGAAUAAACUACACUAAUUAUUUUACUAUCAUCAAGCAUUAUCUGCCAAUUCUCGACUGGCCUGCUCGAAUUUUAUUCAUUUUUGACGUUUUAGUUUGCACUGCAUUUUAUUUCAGACUAUUGGGAAUGAUUGUAUUGCUAAUGCUGUUUCCGCUCGACGAACCUACGAAAACUAGGUAA